AUGCCUGAAAUGGAAACUGAAAACUCAAACACCACCAACACGGCUACAGAACCUGUCUCGUCUGAAAAUCCCGACGACGAGAAACAGCAACAAAAGAAACUAACAAAUGCAGCCGAAUAUGAUCCAGCCUUUUUACCUGAUAUGCUACCUGUCUACUAUAAACGUUUAUUUCCGCACAAACCAUUUUACAGAUGGCUCUCCUAUGCCCUAUCUGAGGAUGGCAUUUUCGUUAAUCGUGAAAUUUCAUUUACCCUGCACGAUGAUAUUUACAUACGUUAUUUAUGUUUCGAAUCACAGCAGGAAUUCGAAAAGGAACUAUGUACCAGAUGUCCAUUUAAAAUUGAUAUUGGAGCUGUAAUGAAUACAAGACCAAAAAAUAAUCGUAUAUCUGCAGCGGCUAUGGCACCAGUUCAACGUGAACUUGUCUUCGAUAUUGAUAUGACCGAUUAUGAUGAUGUGCGUACCUGUUGCAGCGAUAAAAGUGUUUGCCAGAAAUGCUGGAAAUUUAUGGCAGUUGCGGCUAAUAUUUUAGAUACCGCCGUAAAGGAGGAUUUCGGUUGGGAACAUAUCCUCUGGGUAUUUUCAGGUCGACGUGGUAUACAUUGUUGGAUAUGUGAUUACGAGGCACGUCAUUUAGACACUCAAGGUCGUUCAGCGGUUGCAGAAUAUCUACAAAUAAUCAAUAAUGCUAUGGGAGCAAAUGGUGCCAGUGUUUCACGAGUCUUUAUUGGUGAACGGAUGCAUCACAGUGUCCGCCGGGCAUUUCAAAUUAUCGAACCCAUGUUUGAGGAGAUUAUUCUAAAAGAUCAAAAUCUUUUUAGCACCCCCAAAGGCAUUGAGAAAUUGUGUAAUUUUAUUGGUGACGAAGCGGCCCGCCAAGAAACCGAACAAUAUCUUCUUAACAAUGUUGAGGAGGGAGCUCCAGCGUUUAAGGUAUGGGAUGCUUUUAAACGUUAUGCAAAUUCGAUGCGCUGUAAUGCCACACAAUCGGUGUGGUCAAGACGUUUAAAGAAUAUCAUUGAAGAAAUCCAAUUGGCUUGUCUCUAUCCACGUUUGGAUAUAAAUGUCACAAAGGGAUUUAACCAUUUGCUGAAGGCCCCCUUUUGUAUACAUCCAUCGACGGGUAAAGUUUGUGUACCCUUUAAUGCCAGUGCAGCGGCUAAAUUUAAUCCCACAACUGUACCAACUAUUGCCCAAUUGCUGCAGGAAAUCAAUGCCUUCGACGAGAAGAAUAAAGUGGAGGAUGAAACGGAUGAAAAAUCCCGCAUUAAAGAUUACAAAAAGACCAGCAUGUUUAAGGGUGUUGUUGUGUUUGAGGAAUUUGUACGUAAAUUGGAGACUAGCUUAAAGGCCAAAACUAAGAAACUGAAUGAAAUGAUGAUGGAGUUUUGA